GAGAGGCAGCGGCACUGGUGCUGGUGGCCAUGCUGUGGGGCAGCACCGGGCCCUUCCUGCGGACAGGCGCGGCGGGGCUGGAGGCCCGGGGCUGCCUGCAGCAGCUGCUGGCCGAGAUCUGCUUCCUGGGCCUCAACUACAAGUACAUGGUGCCGUUUCUGCUCAAUCAAGGUGGAUCUCUCCUCUUCUAUCUCACCUUGGCGUCCGCAGAUCUGUCCCUGGCCGUGCCGCUCUGUAACUCCCUGGCUUUGAUAGUCACGCUGGUGACGGGGAGGAUUCUGGGAGAGGACAUUGGUGGGAAAAGGGCCGUGGCAGGGAUGCUGCUCACCGUCCUCGGAGUCGCGCUCUGCGUAGCCGGUUCGUGA